AAGGCUCUGCAGUUGCCAACACCCUCAAAUGCAACAACACCACCAAAUACGCCUAUUUUGAGCCCUCCAGACAUCGCCAACGCCUCAUUUUAUCGUUAAAAGAAGCCUCUCCGAUGCCUCCUUCACCGAUAGACUCACCGACAGACUCGCCGGCCGUCACCGAGGCCGUCACCGAGGGUCCUAUCGUCUCCUUCACAGCAGAUACGCACGAAGAGCUGCUCAAGACCAUUCGUUCGUGGCCACUACGCCUGACUUGAAGCUGUGUUUUCGGCUUGAUCCCUAUCUAGUGUGAUCUCACCCCUGCCGGGCAGAGCAAAUAACCAACAAGGGCCGAACAAAUAACCGUCCUCCCAUGAGAUCGCCUCUCGUCUGUUUCCACAGGAGUGAUCAGAUGCAAAAACACUGGCGGGCGAAGGCGCCAGACCAAAUCCGCACCGGGCAUCUUGCAGAAUCCUAAUAAGGGUCUGCUUGUGGCUCGAUAGGGGACCGUGGGGAUGUCUGCAUAGGCCAAUGACGUUUUAAAGUUUCUCCGCCAUGGCUUGUUAACCCUGUGUAUGAGGAUCUUUUGGAGCCAACAGCUGAGCGUCAGGGGGUAUAGAUGGGGAUUGAUAAAUGUGGAGGGGUGGGACCUGCCGCACAGAGAUGUCUGUGGCCUGCGAAUCAGAUAUUCGAGAAGUGGACGCACAGGGUUCCCAUAUCUUGCUUUUGUAUCCUCCGAUCGUUAAGUUUGCUGCCGAGUGCGUAGAUGGUAUCGUUGGUGGCUCGGUUGGCAGGCUCGCGUGCGUGGUGUGUUGAAGUGGUAGGGGCUAGUAUUGGCUGUGGACCAGCCAUUGCACGAUAACAACGUUGGAUGUACGUU